UACCACCUGGGCAGCACUAAAUAUUCAUUCAACUGUUUUCCAUUUGCACGUGGUGCUCAAUUGAACUACAUUUCCUUACUUUUUCGACACCACCCUAAACAUUUACACAUAUUUGCAAUCCCCAAUCGCAAUCUCGAAUCGUCAUCUAUCAGCCGUCAAUCAUUAGUAUCAUUAUAAAAACCUUGAUUUCCUUGAUCAUGGAGGGUAUUAUGGGUGGGAGAGGGCGUGGAAGACGAGUCCCGCGCUGGGCUCCUAAUCGCAAUAUACCACCAGCUGGCCCAUCGACUGCCUCGCCAACCCCAACUUUCAUCAAUACUCUGGAUAUCAAACCAGAAGAUGUUCAGGAAGUGAAGAGAAUCCUGGCAAAGACUAGAAACCUGCCUCUCGAACUUGUCGACAUCAUUCUGGAUUGUGCUCAGUAUUGGGCCUGUUCUACCACUACCAUUGACUACACCAACCUGCAGCCAGGCAAUCAUAUGUCCGUCUAUGGCUCCAGUCUACGUGAAAAUGAGUUCUUGCUUCGUACUCAGCCACUAGGACUUACGAAGUGGACUCCUUCUAGCGAUGAUCUUUGGAAGGUUGUAACUCCCCCCAAAACACUUGAGGAGGAAUACCCCGAGUCCAAAUUACUCAACUUUGCGGAUGCUGCAACAGCGCAAGCAUCGGAGCAUCCAGUUCGCAAAGUGGUCUUUGAUAUAACCAGUUGCGAUCAAGGCCAUAGUAGUCACCGUGAAGAUUUCGGUACAUAUCGCAGCUCUUUCACAUGGUUCGAUGCUGGCCUUGAGCGCUUUGACGCGAAGAACGAAUGCUUGCCUGAAUGUCCGGACAGAACUUCGAGUGAACCAAAUAACGAUGAGGAUUCCAGUCAGCCAAAUGACGCUGAGAAGAUUCCAACGUGUGCAAUACGUCCAGUCUGGCCCCCCAUUGUGCCUAGAGAUGGCAAACAGGAGAUGCGAUACUACCACGAACUAUUGCCCACUGCAGAUCACUUGAUCCAGGCAAACAAGCACGCUAGCCGUGAAAUGAACCACCAUCACGUCGAAUGGUCUUGGGACGAUCAAGUGGACCCUGAUUCGGUUGAGGCUAUGAAGUUGAAAGACAUAGGCCGCGGCCCAGCUACUGCGAAUGGGGAGUUCGUGAGAAACCUCAAGAUCGGUGACAUGAUCACCGUCUGGGCAAGAAGCCGAUUUCCGGGAUGGACGAAUAAGAUUCAGAAAGUCGAAGUAAGAGUAUAUUGGGCCAUUUGAGUUGAGGGUCUCAAUUAUAUACCUCCAUCCCUACCUGCGUGCUUGGUAGGCAUAGACGCGAACGCGCAAUGGCGUAAACUGUUGUAUUCGAAGCCGCUCUUUACCGCUCGCAGUUAUCCUCAUAGCCUUCUCCUUUGAUGCGAUAGAUUCGCUUUAUUGCAGGCACCUACGGUUCGUGUGUCAGCUAGCUGAGCACUUUCACAUAGCAUUAUAUAUUCAAACAAUGACGACAACAAUUGAU